UGUUGUUUACAACUGUUUUGUGUUGCGUUGCGUUGUAAAAAUAGUAAGUGGUUCCGUCAAAGCUUAGAACUUUUUAUGUAUGUACCUGAUUUGGUGAUAUUUUUUGUGAAAAACAGUAGUGCAGUGAAAAAAUUUGUGAGUCAAACGGCUUGCAUAAAUUUGCAUCCAGCAUAAGCCGCGUGAGGCAAAACAAAAUUUCCCCUCCAACGCGUGUCCAAGUGUGCGUGCUUGCGUACGUUAUCACUAGUGCAUUUUCUUUGCACGGUAGUAUUGGAGAAGAGAGAGUAAAAGGAAAAUCGGACGGAAUCACCACUGUUGGCUGUUGGCUGCGGCCUGGUACACGACUAACCAAACAGUGUAGAGCGCACAGUUUGCUCACACGCCGUUCAGUUGUGUGGUGAUGUUCGCGAAAUAGAGUUGGUGUGCAAGUUUUUUCGUCUGGUGCCUACCUUCGGUGUGCCGUUUUCUUCCUACAUACAUACUGGGUUAGGGGGCUUUUUCGACUGGUUGGUGAAUGACUGCUGUGGCCGAUUAGUUGGCAGAAUUUUCCGACGGAAACGCAGAUGAUCGCAGUGUGAAGCUGCAACGAAUAGGCCCAUCUGUCGAAUUGACCUCCUGCUGGAAUCGGGGAGAACUCGACGGAUGAAAAUCUGGGUGCGGUGUUAAAAUAUCUUUGAAAAGUGGCUGCAACGGCAGCAGCAGAACGACGGGGCGAAGAAACGAAGAAAAAAGAACGGAUUACUUUGUUGGCUAUGUGGGAGGUUUUCUACUGAUUCUGACGAGCAAACCGUAGAGGUUUGAAAUUUCGCGAGUGCUUUUCUAUCAGCGACCGCGGAGCGGCCAAAAGCGAAUUGCGAUUAGUAACAAGCACAAAGAAGAAGCCAAUGCGAUAAGCAGUAAGUGAUAUCAGCCACGGAAGUAGAAGCACCCACAAAUUGGAUGGUAGUGAGCAGUAGCUAAAAGAAAUAUUUUGUGUUCAGAAAAAUCAAGGGCAAAAAUAGUAGCAUCAACUGGUAGUGAAUUAAUUGCCAAAGAGGCCAGACAAACGAAAAAAAACCACAGGAUUAUUAGUCAUGGGGAAAUUACUCAGCCUGCUGGCACGAGACGAGUCGACCUGCUGCACACCGAAGACCUACGACGUGUUUCUAGACUUUGAGAAUGCAGCCCCGACGGAUUUAGAACGAGAAGUCUACGAAGAGGUCGAUCACGUCCUGAAGCAGUCCGAGAUUGUGCUAGACGAGAUCCAGUGUUAUAAGGGUGCCGGCAAAGAAAUCCGCGAAGCCAUCGCAGAUCCCUCCCCAGAGUGCCAGGAGAAGGCAUGGAACAUUGUGAUACCGCUGGUCGAGAAGCUGAAACGCUGCUACGAACACUCGCUGGAGCUCGAGCGGAUAGUGCCGAUGCUGCUGGGUCAGCUGGUCGGCGGCCGUCUCAAUCCCACACAGCACCUCGAAACGCAGCAGGCCCUCGUGAAACAGCUUGCCGAGAUCCUGGAGUUUGUGUUAAAAUUCGACGAGUACAAGAUGAAAACACCCGCAAUUCAGAACGAUUUCAGCUACUACCGGCGGAUUGCCAGCCGGCAGCGGUUAGAGCAGAGUAACGAACUGAUCGUUACCACCGAGCUGGCGAAUCGAAUGAGUCUAUUCUACGCCCACGCUACCCCUAUGCUCAAGGUGCUCAGCGAAGCGACGUCCAAGUUCGUGCAGGACAACUCCGACAACGUGGACAACACAACGGAAACGCUCGGCACGAUGGCCAAGGUGUGCCUGCGGAUGCUGGAGAAUCCUAAACUCCUCGCGCAGAUCGAACGCGAGGAAACACACCUGCUGCUGCUACGAGUGAUGGUCGGACUGGUGAUACUGUACGACCACGUCCACCCGGUUGGGGCCUUUGCCCGGGGCGCUCACGUUGACGUGAAAGGCUGCGUCCGAUUGCUGCAAGCGCAGCCCGCCGUCAAGGCCGAACCACUGCUCAAUGCCCUACGGUACACUACCAAGCAUUUGAACGAAGAGAACACACCGAAGAAUAUUCGGAACCUGCUGGCGGCCUAAGGUUCAGCGUUCCGUAUUAAUAACUAACGAUGACAAUUGGCCGUCGUGUGUGUGUGCGUGGGUAAUGUUUGUCCUACCCACGGCAGCACCGACGGCUGCAAUUUAUUUAAAUUGACCGUUCGUUUUAAGUUAUGUCACGACCCUUUCUUUUGGUAAGGUUUUGUUUUCGUGUUUGUUUUAGAUAAAUAACUUAAAUCGAUUUAACUCGUAAUAAAUCUAAUUUAAUAUUACACAAUAAAAGGUUAAGUUAAUGUGAGACAAAGUUUAUCUAGUUGAUAUGAUAACUUAAAUUUACUGUGAAGAUCCCACAAAAAGAAUCAAAAUGCAUUUGCAUUAGCGUAAAUAAUCGAAGACGCGAAUAGGAAAACGUGUUUGUUUCUACUUCUUGCUUUCAUAGAUAAAAGAAUUUCUUAAAAUUAGCACCCUAACGCAGUCAAGAAAUAUAUAAAUUUAGAUAAAAUACACAAACUAAAAGAAUAUACAGUGAGAACUUUAUUAUACAAAGGGACAAGAAGAGCAUCUAAAGCCGCGAACAAUACACUGAAGAGAAGAAAAACACGAAAUCACGAUCGUAGUUGUAAAAGAAAAAACUAUAAAGCUUUCAUCUAUUUUUCAUUUCCUUGCAACAUUGUUAACACACGCCUAAGUAAGUGACUGUAAAAAAAUCAUAUUUUGAGAUUACCGAAACGUGAUUUGGUGACGACGUCAAAAAGCGAAACGCACACAUACACAUACACACUAAUCUUCAAAAUUAUUCAAAACCUCGGAAUAAUCGAUUUGUGACAAUUUCACAACCAACGAAACGUAAAACCAUACCUAGAAAGAGAGACACACACACACACAGAUAAACAGAUGCUGCAACAACAAACAACAAACAAAUCAAGAUAUAAGAAGCAAAAAAAAAAAACGAACAACCAACAUGUGUUCCUCUUUACAAGGCGCAGAAACAAGUCUUUAAAAAAAUCAAAUAGAUCUAAAACAAUUAUCGAUUUUGGUUCACGUGACAAGUCACAAAAUUUUCGGAAACCGGAAACUACAUCACACGAUCUAAUAACAUCACAUCCGAUUGAAACCAGAUAGAAGACGAUGACGAAACUAACCACAUAAAAACCAGCGAAAUAUAACUAUAGUAAAAGCAAACUAUCAUCAUAAAACAAUACCUAUUGAAUAAUUGGACUGUUUCAUACAACGGAAGGUAUAAAAGGAUGGGCCGUCGGCCCCGUCCGCCCUCCGGCCGACAAGCCAACGGAGGGAGGGAGGCGACGGGGCGGACCCAAUUGGGAUGAUUCCUCUUUUUUGCGUUUUUGUAUGAGAGCCACUUUCUUUGUAAGUUGAGCAAGCUUGGAUGGUCAAAGAUACCAAAGUCAAAGUCGAGAAUAAAAUUCAAGCAAUGACGAGCGAUU